ACGGUUGAAGAGCCACCUGUGGUUGUCAUCCAAACAGGAGUCUUGUCCUCCUGUUUCCCUCGGUAAGAUUGUUUUCCCUCCAACUAGUUUUAAAUGAAGUCACGCACUGUUUGUUGGGCCCUUGAGUCCCACCUUCGAUAUUUCUUAAACAGCAUUAGAAUAUGUUGAUGAAAUUCAAAUAAAUGGACAUUUUAUUUUAUGUAUUUACUAGCAAUGUGCUUAUACAGACUGAAGUAUGUAAAAAUAAAGAAAUAAAUAAAAAUGCCAGCACUUAUGUUCUUAAAUAGUUUCUAUUUUCUCAUCCUGGCGACUAAUUGUUUGCCUAAACUUUAGAUAAAUUCAAUUCACGUCCACUUUGUUCAAAAAAAAGUACAAAGGGACACAGCUGGGAUGAGCUCCAGCAACCCCCGCGACCCUAGUGAGGAUAAGCGAUAUGGAAGAUGCGAUGCGAUGAGAUGAGAUGAGAUGAGAUGAGAUGAGAUGAGAUGAGAUGAGAUGAGAUGAGACAUAAGGGAGGACAUCUGAUCGACCAAAAACGCGGUUUCUAAGAUCCACCCAUCCAUUACGAUUAUGUGCCAAUACUUAAGCUAUUUUAUUCUGAUACAGUGUUUAAUCCUCUCUUGAGGAGCCUUGUUUCAAAAGUAUCGUUUUUUUUUUUAAUAGCAGGCAAUAGUUCUGUGUCAUUAUAAAAUGUUUAUAUGGCGUCAGCCUCUAUACAAGACAUGACUUAAAUGAGCAUUGGCCACACAGACAAAACUCACAAGAAGAGCUUAAGCUUGGAAAACUCAUACAAUUUAGUUAAAUAUCAAAAACUUUGACUAUAGGACUAUGGGACUUAAAAAGAAGAAAAUGUUCAGAUUACUUAAUGGGGCUGUAAUAUUUUACAGCGUGAAGGGUUGCUGGGAUGAAGGUGAGGCGUGAGAGUGUCUAAAAUGCUCCCCGGACCCUUCCAGCUCUGGGACUUGACUUGCUCUCUGUCGCUGAGUUGUCGCCUGUCUUCGGGUUUCGUCUGUAGGGCACGCGCCUCCUCGGGCACCAGCAGACCAUAAAGUGAGCCGCGUGCGCCCGGGACUCAGCAGUCGACCAGUGAGCAGUGGUGAGAGCACCUCCGGUUCCAGAUCUCACGCUGAAAGCAGAAGAGCAACACACACAUUAACAGUAUCAACAUGAGCAGCGGGAGCUCCGUGCGCCUGACCGAGCUGGAAGACUCCUCUCUAAAAGAGCGCAGGAGGUGAUGCGCCCAGCGAGACACGGGUCGGCUCUGUUACCGGAGAGAUGACGGAGCUGUGGAACCACAACACCACUUCGUCCUCGUGGAACCGGUCCGCUACGGAUUUGAACCGAUUCAGUAGCCUGGAUGACAUUGACAUACCGGCGGACGGCUCACCAACCCUGCGCAUCCUCAUCUCCAUCGUGUACUCAGUUGUGUGCGCAGCUGGGCUGGUGGGGAACUUGUUGGUAUUCUUCCUGAUGAAAGCACGCCGAGGCAGGAAAAAGCGCUCCAGCAUUAACCUGUUCAUCCUUAACUUGGCCGUGACGGACUUCCAGUUCGUGCUGACCCUGCCGUUCUGGGCAGUGGACACAGCUCUGGACUUUAGCUGGCCGUUUGGAAACGCCAUGUGCAAAAUCGUCCUCUCUGUGACAGUGAUGAACAUGUACGCCAGUGUGUUUUUCCUCACUGCUAUGAGCGUCACCCGGUACUGGUCGGUGGCCUCGGCGCUUAAAGACCGCACCCGGCGGCGGGUGUGCCCGGUGCGCUGGGUGAUCGCCGGGCUCUGGGUCUCUGCCAUAGUGGUUUCUUUGCCAACCGCAAUCUUCUCCACUGUGAAGGACGUGGCCGGAGAGAGGCUUUGCUUGCUGGGCUUCCCAGACAGUCAAUCAUGGCUAGCCCUGCACCACCUUCAGAAGAUUCUGGUUGCCUUCGUUUUCCCAAUGUUGAUCGUCACCAUGUGCUACCUGCUCUUGCUCCGCUUCGUCCGCCUGCGCAGCAUGAACAACAACCAGGUAAAACGCAGGUCCAGGGUGACCCGCUCGGUCACCAUCGUUGUCCUCUCUUUCUUCAUCUGUUGGAUGCCCAACCACGCCAUAACAUUCUGGGGGGUUCUGGUCAAGUUCAACGUAGUCAACUGGGAUAAGACAUAUUACAUGGUGCACACGUACGUCCACCCUGUGACCGUGUGUCUAGCGCACACCAACAGCUGCCUGAACCCGGUGUUGUACUGCCUCAUGCGCCGAGAGUUCAGGAAGAAGAUGAAGGAUCUGUUCUGGAGAAUUUCCUCACCUACCGGAGCGAACAGCUGCCACCUGCGUCCGUUCUCCGGGACUGUCAGAGCGGAGCCGGACGACACGCAGGUAGCCAUCCCGCUGAACAACGUGGAGACGGAAAACUACAGACUGUCUGUUCUGACGGACCAAUGCGACACGGACGGGCUGCAAACGUAAACUGAGAUUUACACAGAAAAAUCAUUGUCACAGAAAAUAGUGAAUAAUGACAUUUUUUUUCAGUUUAGCCAUGAACCACAAAGAAAUCAUGACUAAUAAUUGCUUGGUAAAUAUUGGUUACUUUUAACCACUCUUUUUCACAACAAUAUUUUAGACAUAUUGCGUUUAACGACACAACACUAUGAUUACAUGUGGAAUUAUUGUGUUUGGAGCGCACCAUGCAGACUGUGCCAAAUUCAGCGCCCGAGUAAAAUAUAGGACGGUUGCAAUUACAGGUAGAAUUGUAUUAGAAUUAUUUGUCUUUGCCUCAGAGGGAUUCAUAAAAUGUAUCUCUACUGAGCGAGCGAAACAUACUGUGAACAACAGCUCUGGGUAAAUUACACGCAAAUACUCAACGCCUCUCCCCUUCAUCAGUGUUAAUGCGAUCUCACAACACUGCUUUUGAUUGUGGAAAACUAAUUUUAUUCUUUUGACUUACGCAAAUGAGGCUCAGUGUCUCUCAGUGCUGCUUUGUUCUCUAAGGGCUCUCUGUGUGCAGACAAUAUGAUAGGAGCAGAGAGCUCCCACGGGGAGGAUUUCUGCUGCUGCUGCUGCUGCUGCUGCUUGAAACAUAAUUCUGUGAUGUGUGGAGUGGUUAACGUAGAAAUAAGUGCAUGUAAAGAAAAAAAAAUAAAACGCACCCUUAACUAUUCUUGUAUAACUAUAAGUAUUUAUUUCAAUUUCAGUGUCAGUGCUAUCAGAGGGUUUGGGGCUAUGUAAUCAACCGACUCUGAUGCUUCCAAGGGUUCAGUCUGGCUGUUCGGUUGUGGACUAACUUUUAAUGGAUUUUUAUUUAAUCUUAUACCCAACUGUUGCUGCACAGUCUAUUUUGGACAGCCACUAUAAAAAACCCUAACAUGGCUGGCUUUUAUUUGGAAAGUUGAAGGCAAUUGUUUAUUUUAAAUGUUAUAGACAAACUUCUUAGUGCAGAGCACUUAAGGGGAGCUAUUUGGGGACCAUAAAAGUCAUCUUUGUGUUCAAGAUCACAGCUGUUUUAGAGGUCAAAGGAAGUGAGCGUUUCAGAAAUUCAAAAAAAGAUACAUUUUAAGAAACUCAGAAACAUCUACUCUCCUUCAGAAAUAGUUUAAAGAAAUUUACCUCAGCUGAGCUCCAAUCCAACACUGUCCAAACCAUCCAGCAAGGCCAGUGUGAAGCAUACCUCAUUAAAUCUGCAGGCAAACAAGUUGCAACCAAUUAUAACUCAGCACUAUAAUUAUACUUCACUAAUAAUUAAUUUCAUUAAAUGUCAGAAUAAUAAUGAAAAAAUCAUGUUAUAUUAUUCUUAAGCUCAACUUUAUGUCUUCAUGCAGCUCGUUUGGUCUGAGCAACAGCACAAAACCUAAAGACAUGUGCUCAAUAUCAAAUAGCAUCGGCUCAAAAUCAAACAAGGGAAUGUCUCUUUGCAUUUUUGGCUGUUUGUGAGUUUGAAAAAUAGCUUACAUGCUGAACCAACUAUCUGAAAUGUUGAUUAUUAUUUUGUGAAGAGGUCAAAAGCAAUGAAAACUCAGAAACAAGCUAAUGAACCGUUGCAUCUAUUUUUGUGGUUUUCUAUAUUCGUAAAAUAAAAUAGUGUGAAACUCCGAACUUGUAAACAUUCUUUCCUUACAUGUUGUAUUCUGUUUAUAGAACUGGUUUAGGGGUUUAAGGAACAAAUAAGUGCAAUUUAUCUUUCAAGUCCAUGCUAAAUGCAGGAAUGUAUAAGAAAUGUAUGUAAAAAGGUCAUUUUCUCUAGGUUUGUUGAAAAUAAAGAAAAAUUAACUAUCGUGA